CGUAUAUAUGCAUUAGUCUUGCUUUUAAAGUAUUCAGUGUGCAACCUAUUUUGAUGCAAUAUAGAGGUUCGUGUGUAUUUUGGAUGUUUAGCUUCUAAUUUGGGAAAAGUUCGUGAUAGAAUAUACUCAAUUAAUCAAUCCAGAUCGGUUCCUCAAGAGUUAUCACCAUCAAUAGAACUGACAUUGUAACACAUAGAUAAAAUUGAUAAAUCUCAUAACCCAACUAAAAUGGUCAAUUACUACAUUUACGCAAAAGAUUAUUCUGGUUCAACGAAUGGAGUCAAGUUUUAUCACAGCAAAGGCUUAGAGACGCUCGAACAAUUCAAAUGUGACGUAGAGAAAAUCAAAGAUGAACUGUUGCGUGCAGGCGAGCCCCCAAGUGAAUCAAGAGUUAUCUACUUACACUGGAACAAUCACUGUGUAGAAGUCAAUGAAGAACAAACCAUAACAUCGUAUGAACAGCUUCAUAGCGAUUGGUUGGGGACACAACCAGAAACAAUUAUACAUUUCCUAAAAGAAAAUUGUAUUUUCAAUGAUAACGAUCGGAUCAAGUUGCUAUAUAUCAUUACGGACGGUAUGAUACAUGAAAUGAAUACAAGGGAAUGCUUUAAAUAUAACGAAGAUAUGCAUUACGAAACAGUAGUCUUCCACGCAUUCAAUGAGAACCUAAAUCAAAUCGACCUUUCUGUAGCUGCAUCAUUUUUCAAGGGUCGUUCCAUGGUUUAUCGAAACUUCCAACUUUUUGACUGCACAGAUAUUUCCAAGGAAUUUAACUACGAUAAAAUAAACAUAGACAAUUUUGUAGAAGAGAAAGAAGAUCUGAAGUCAUAUAUUAAGUUGAAAUUUAUCGGAAAAUUAAAACAAGAUGCAAAGGCUUUGCGAGAAAUUGAUAAGUUAAAGAAGCUGCGCGAUCGCCUAUUCAGAGAGUUGACAUCAAAAACGGAUACUAACAAACUUAAAGUCAACCUGGACACAAAAGACAAGAAUGUGUUCCUGAGUGAAUUCGUUAAAACCGAUUGGUAUAAAAGCCUCAAUGCACCCGUUUAUUCAGUUAAAGUUGAUAUCGAGAAGUCCAUUGCAACUCUGAUCAAUUACAUAGUUAGCGACUCAAAAUCUUACUCAUUCGAUGCUCUGAAGUUUGAUACAAAAUAUGACAAAUCCGCUGAAACGGAACAGAUGACCGAUGAUCUCGAUUUCAAAAACGAAGAAGAAAUUGAGUUCCCUGACGUGAUCCUUACCGAGGAUAAAGGCAUCCCUGUUGUUCUCCUGACAGAUUUUAAAUUGAUGGAUAAAAUAAUUUUUCAUAGAACACCAUCGUCGAAUGAAGUUACACCUGCUAGUUUUAGUAAAUUCAAAUCAACCAUGGAAUGUCCACUGUUUUUAGUGAAUGAUAAAGAUAUUAGCGGGUCGAUCGGUUACUUUUAUACUCUAAAUGUUUACAAGCAAUUGUUGGCAAACGAUGUAAAGACUGACCCGCGAACACGAAAACCGUUCCAUGGCGGCAUUGUACUGACAAGCACAGAUCAGUUUGAUAAGUACAAUGACUACAUUAUAUCAGCAACUUAUUUCGAUUGUAAGAAAAUUAACUACAACGUUGGGUUAUUUUACUACGUGUUAUGGAAAAACUGUGAAAACAAAGAAUGGAUGGACAAAAACGUCGUGGAACAUUUCAAGAAAUAUGCUAUGCGCCGAAUUAGUGAGACAGUAUGCAAAAUUGGGUUAUCAUCUUUGCCGCUAGAUCCGCCAGAAAACACAUCACUGCUAUCAGCUCUGUGGUACUGUGUUGAAUUGUCGUCAUACAUUUUCAAAAAUGAUCCUCAGAACUUCCAACACGAACGUCUACGCAUGUUUCAUGGCGUAGCACGUUAUAUGAUCGAAAUUCUAAAACACUUCCAGUACGAUCUUGAUCAUGAAUCCAUCAGUAAGCGAAGGGAGCUUAUUAGCAACGUGAUGAUUUUAAAGAGGAUCCCAAAACAAAGAGAAAAAAUUUAUUAUUUCCUAGAAAACAUUUUCAAGACUGAAGAAGGUUUUCUCAUCAGUGAAAUUGAAAAACCAUUCAAUAUUUACAAAUUAAACUACUUAAAAUAUGAUCAUAGAAAUAUCUUGCGCGACGAAGUAGUUGACGAGGUAGUUCAUCUCAGUAAUUAUGUUCACUUUUUGCAUUAUGUUGGUGAUUUGGAAGCAUCUAAAGCUGGCAAAGGCACCUUUGAAAUAUGUGAAAAAACAUUCCGCCCAUACUUCGUCAUCGACCGAAAUACAUCAUUUUACGAAGAAUUGGUCAAGAGUACCAGAAAAGUAGUUAUAAAAAACGAUGGCGAUAACGAUAAAAUUGAAGUGGCCUAUGAACCGAUUGAUAAGCUCGAAUUUGACAGAAUCUUGUCUCUGUAUAAACUUUUCAUCGAUUGUGUUAAAGAUUUAGAGAAGUAUCCCACUUUAGUAGAGUAUAUCGAAUUCAUUCAGAAGAGAAAAAAGUUCCAUGAAGAUAUAGUAACUAUUUUCCCGCCGAAUGUUUAUUUAGACAUUGAAAACGUGUAUGAUAACUAUCAGAAGAUAGUGAAUAAUGUCUCAGUUGAAGAAUUUAUAAAAGCUUGCGAGUCAUGUGUAAAUCGAUUCGCACGAAUCAAGGAAGAAGAAAGAGUGAAAUUUAGAGACGAUAAUGAGAUUAGCGAAUUCAUUGCUAGCCAAGAAUCAAAAGUACGCUUAAAAAAGAAAACAUAGUUAAUAUUCACCGGUUGAACAAAGGUGAAUUUUGUGAUCCAACACUGAAAAUAAAUAGUUCAGUGUGAUUAAAAUGCGUAUUGUAAAGUAUCUGACACUACGAUGAUUGGAAAUAUGUAUAACAGAGCCAAAUGUCUUUUCAAAUAUUACCUAGUGUCAAUUGUUUUUUGAUGCGAAUUGUUUUCAUAUAAUUAUUUAUGUCAUAUAAGGCAAUGAUAUUGUUCAUUUAAUCUUGUGAGAAAUAUAAUUAAAAACUGAAUACCUA